AUGGUCAACCAGUUUAAGAGUGGGAGGAUUCGACGCUUUCCCCACGGAACUCGCAAUUGCUACGCCGUGCCCGGGUUGAAGGAAGGGGACAGGUAUCCAGAAGACAAAUAUGACAGGACAUGGCGUCCUUGCAAUGGUUAUAUUGACUGUGAAACAUGGAAUUUUACAAGCAGUUCUUUGGGAAUCGAGACCACUGGUGGUGAUGCUUAUGAGGUCCCAGGCGUGGUCUCAAUUCGAGUGAGAGCAGACGGGGAACCCGAUAGUGAUAACAUCAGUCCUGCAUAUCUACUGGCAACUCAUGUCCAUUUCGUCCAUCGGCUGGCGUACCCAGGCUUAAAUGGUUAUUUUAAUCUGACAAGGGUGGCCGGUUCCACCCUUCCCCCAAUCCUCAAUGCUGCUGAGGUUUACAUUCCUAUUAAUCUUUCAGUUUUGGCAACAGAUCCAGCCGAUGUUGAUGCUAUGAUGGGGAUAAAGAAAUUAUAUCAGAUGAAGAUAUGGCAGUGUGAUCCUUGUGCUCCGCAGCAAUUCAUUUGGAGUGGAGUAAAUUGCACCUACUCAAGCUCUGGUACCCCAAGCGUCACCUCAUUAAACCUCUCUUAUCAUGGGUUGAAUGGUGCUGUAUCAAAUGCUUUGGCUAAUCUGAAGGCCCUUAACUACUAUUUAAUUUUGUCAAAUAACCGACUCAAUGGGCCUAUUCCAGCUUCUUUGUGUGAUGGACAAUCAAAAGGAUUGCUUGAGUUGAGAAACUUCACCUUCAUUACAAUGAGAAGCAGUGUUAACAGCACUCUUUUUGUUUCUUUUAAUGAAAUAAUAGCGACGCCAAUUCAAGACUCGCUUGCUAUACCCGAAACCCAUAGAUUUACAUAUGAUGAAUUGAAGGCCAUCACCAACAAUUUUGAUCUUGUACUUGGAAAGGGGGGGUUUGGGAAUGUUUACCAUGGUCGAUUACAUGAUGGCACUGAAGCUGCAGUAAAACUUUUGCACUCACAUCGGAUGGUCAAAGGGACAUCAUCUGAGGAGUCCAUGUCUGCAAAUUCUGGCUCCAGAUCACAUGGGAUGAAAGAGUUUCAAGCCGAGGCUCUUCUCUUAUCGAGGGUCCAUCACAGGAACUUAGUGUCUUUGAUCGGGUACUGUAGAGACAGCAAUCAACUUGGACUUGUUUAUGAAUAUGCUGCUCGUGGAAGUCUUAGAGAUCAUCUUUCAGGUAAAAAAGAUGUUGAAUAG